AUGUACUUUCUAGCUACGCCACAUCGUGGGGCCGAUUCAGCCCAACUUGCUAAGCUUGUGCGUCGGUUCGCGGGUUAUGGGCCAAAGGCUUACCUUGAUGACCUCAUACCGGGCCACGGAACUCUUGAUCAAAUCAAUGACGAAUUUCGACAUGUUGGCGGGGAUAUCCACCUUUGGUCCUUCACUGAGGGUUCACCGAUACGAAUGGGUCUGACCUCCUCGUUGGUUGUAGAAAAGGAGUCGGCAGUUCUAGGUUGGUCAUCCGGGCUGCCCAAGGAGCACGUCCAGUAUAUCGACGCCGACUAUCGCCAGAUCUGCAAAUUUGACUCUCCAAUGAAUGCAAAUUAUGUCAUCUUACAAAGGGCUUUCCAAACAACCAUAGAAGAAAUCGGAGCUGACGUUUCCUUUCAGGGGCAGCACGAGUACAGGUCGCAGAUGAAGAAAGUUGGUUUACUCUUGCGAAUUGGGCAGAGACCGGACGCAAUCCUGCUAUCUACGAACGAGAAACAACACUCGGGAACCUGCCAAUGGCUUACUGAAUGCCAAGCAUUUCAAGAGUGGGUAGAUGAUCCCAUGGACUACGCAGAAGACAUAAAUUCAUUUCAAGUUCAUGCGGGGGAUCAAGCACCGAGAGUAUUAUGGCUCAAGGGCCGACCUGGAACCGGCAAAACAGUGGCGGCCGGACAUGUUAUCCGCUACUUACAAUUCUGCAACCUUGACUGCAGCUUCUAUUUUUUCCAGAACGGGAACAAAGCUGAUGCAACAGUUGCUGCAUUUCUGAGAUCGGUAGCAUACCAAAUGGCCGAAUCGAGCUUCAAAGUUCGCCGCGUUAUAGCAUCAAUGGCUGAUGAAGACAUCAAAUUACCCAUGACGACCACCACAUGCUUUGGAGAAGUCUUUUUGUCGACCGAAUCUUCGAGACGCGGGGUGCCUGCUUUGAUUUCGAUGCUAUCGAGCUCAGAUUGGAAGAAUCCUGCCCGAAUACUCGUUACAAGUCUCCCUGGUGGACAGUUAGAGCGACUUUUUAACUUGGAGCGGAUAGAGCUCUCUGAGAUCGCCACGGGCCAGGAGGGAUCUCUCAAUGAUAUUGAGCUUUUAGCAAAGGCCAGAUGCCCCAGAGGAGGCGAUGUUGGACCCUACCAAGACCUGGUUAGCGAUGUCAUUGCAAAGUCAAAUGGGAUUUUUCUCUGGGCUUCCCUGACAGUGGCUAAGUUGGAGGAUGUAUACAGUGUCGAGGAUAAACAAGAUGUUCUUCGUCAAAUCCCAGUCGAGAUGGAUCUUUUCUACACCCGAAUUAUCGCUUCAAUUGCCGAUUCACCUAGCUUCGAGCUUGCCAAAUGCAUUUUGAAGUGGACUAUCUGUUCACCAAAGCCGCUUCAUAUUGAAGAGCUCGCUGAGGCUGUCAGGUUAGAUAUCGGCCAUACCAUAACAGCAUCAGCAAGACAGCUUGAAACAUUGACAGGACAUCUCAUAUUCGUGGAUAAUAAUUGCCGAAUUCAUGUUACACACCAGACGGCAUCAGCCUUUCUUACCAAGGAAAGGGCUCUAUUCUGGAUCGAUCGCCCAAUGACUCACUCUCAAAUUGCUGAAAUUUGCCUCACCAUUUUAUCAUCCGUGGAGUUUAGUCCACCCAGAGCGCGUCGAGCAGGCAUGAAAAGCGGAGGAACCGUUCUCUCGCCACUUUCAGACUAUGCUCUUCACAACUUUUCCUAUCACUUGGUGCACGGCUCUUCGGCUGCAAUAAAUCCUCUCAAAUUGCUGCACAAGUUUCUCCGAUCAAAUGUUCUGGUUUGGAUUGAGAAAAUAGCGAGGACGGGCAAUAUUUGGAAUCUUCAGCUCACUGCGCAAAGGCUGAAGGCGUACCUCAGUCGACGUGCAAAAAAUGAGCCACCCGUCAGCACAGAAAUGCAGACCAUUGCCGCGUGGGCUACCGAUCUGUACUAUAUAGCCGCGGCCUUCCAUUCCAACUUGCUCACUUCACCGUCUUCGAUAUACUUUAUCAUCCCCUAUCUGUGUCCCCCAAAGUCGAUUAUCGCUCAGCUCUUUGGCAGGCCAAGCAAACUCUUGAGAGUCACGGCGCAAUUAGAGGAAAGCUGGAACGAUAGAUUAGCGUGUUAUCUAUUUACAGAAGUGGCAACUGCAGUCGCAAGCUCCACGCGCCUCAUGGCAGCCGAUCUCGCUAACGGCGAUAUUAGAAUCUACCACAUCACUGGAUCUGGGACCUUUGACCCCGCUGGAAAUUUAGCGCACGGAAAAAGACUGCGACACCUGGCGUUUAAUCAAUCAUCCUCGCUUCUAGCCUCUUGUAGCGUUAGGAAGCUGGUUCUGUGGGACGUUGAAGCAUCUCAUGGGCCGCCAAUCUCGCGUCUAUGGUCUCUGGAUAUCGAUUUCACACCCUCCUGCAUGGCCUUUCAUCCUGACGGGAGGUCCCUCGUUCUCGCGAACCAUGAUAACAGCUCAAUAAUAUCAUUUAAACUACAAGACGGUCAGAAAAUACAAUCGAUGUUGCUUCAUGCAUCAUCCGGUUCAGACUCAGGUGAUAGUGAUCGGCAGGUCUCUUCUUGGACCCCCUCUGAAAAGAUUAGGUUUGAUCCCAGCCACAGUCUUGCCGCACUGGCGUAUCGAAAUGCGUCCAUUGUGGUCUGGGACCUAAACUCUGUUGAGAAAAUCGGCAAAUUUGAAAAGGAAGGCUUUGAAGAUUUAUAUUCAACUCCACCAGCCCUUGAUAUGAUUUUUAACCCAGUUGCCGAACUCGAGCUCCUAGCCAUCACGUACAAAAAUGGCGAUAUAGUGAUAUGUAAUCCUUGGACAUUGGAGCAAAAAAAUCAUCAUCACCUGCAAGUGCUGAUAGAUGCUAUGGCUGCCACUACAGAUGGUCGAGUCCUGGCUGGGGCGGCGGAUAAUGGUGAAAUUUACCUCUUCAUGUUUGAGACGCUGCAGCCAUUAUAUCGGAUUGGCAAACCAGACGACCAAUUUAUAAUACACGAGAUUUCGUUCUCGGCUGACAACCUUCGAUUACUGGAUAUCCGAGGACAGUGUUGCAAUGUAUGGGAACCAUUCGUGCUCGUUCCGAAGGAUGGGUUGGAUGACAGUUCCUCUGAGCCUCAUAGCAAAGCGAUCACGGUUUCAGAGCCUGAUUCCCCUCAGAUGUUUGCCUUUGAUUGGGGAAGAACUAUAACUGCCAUUGAGUCAUCAACCCAUGCCGGUCUUCUGUUUGUGGGGCGACAGGACGGCAUGAUGGAGAUAUGCGAGUUGAGCUCGGGCGACUUGAUCAGUAAACUUCAGCUUCAUGACACAUUUGCUCCAAUAGAGCUGAUAGAGUGGAAUGACGAGAGAAGCUGUAUGCUAAGUGUGGAUAUUACUGGCCGAUGCAUUCUCACCCAGUUCUCUUCUAUUGGAAAGGGUGCCAAAUUGGUGAGCAGAUGCUUGUUAGACAACCAAGAACAGGGCUCGGUCCGACAGGCAUUGAUGAAUCCUAAAGCCAAAUCAAUUCUCAUUUGCAAAGAGUCGGUGGUCAAACUCAUAGGACCCGAUGGAACCACCCGGGCGGAGUUAAAGAGUCUUCCCGGGAGCUGGCGGACAAGACACCAGUCGAACAACGAUCAUCUGAUCGCCAUUCGCGACGACAGGGUACACCUAAUGGAAUGGGGCUCUCUGAAAAGUCUCUUCCAGACCAAUGGGGUCCCCCUCCGCAAUCCUGAUCCAAAAAAUUCGGUGAAAGUUCUUCCCUGGGUUGGAGGUGCUGGCUCGGGGUAUCUAGUCCAGGCUGAUAUCCGGUCUCAAGCCCGAGCAGGUCAAUUCUCCGUGAUUGAGGCGUCUAAAAUUACGACUGAAACGAAGGAAAUCGUGCUUCACAUGCAUAAAUAUGAAUCAUUGAACGUCGAGUCCCUGUUGGGCUGCUUAAGGUCAAAUCUUUUUUUUCUUGAUACGGGUGGAUGGGUUUGCUCAAUUGGACUGAAGAACUUGGAUACGGCUAUUCACUAUACGCGACACUUCUUCAUCCCACCAACAUGGCGGACUGGGGUUGAUGUCAUCAAGAUCAUCUCGAAGUCAACUGUCGCUUUCGGGCGAGGGGAGUGGUUGAUAAUAUUUCAUGGAUUUUUGGAGUUGGAGGAAAUGGUGUUGUUUUGA